AUGACGUACAUAGCGAUCCACGCGAAGGCAGAAUGCAUGACUCUGUCCAAGAUGAUGCAGAGUAAACUACCACGGGAACUACGCGAUAUGGUAUACGCUCAUCUACUUCCGCGGAAGACUUACACCACGUGGGGCCACCUUGGCAACCUUUGGUGGCUGAACUCGCUCCAGACGACCAGUUACGACCAUCUCUUCACACAUGGAUACGUUCCGCUUGAUACCAUGAAAGAGAUUGGCGAGAUGUGGUACGAGGUAUCAACCUUCAUGGUCCCCGGCUUCCCUUCAGGACGUGGUAGCAACCCUUCAGGACGUGGUAGCAACCCUGAAGUUGCUUCACUAGGCUUGGACUUCCUCCUUCAGGACACAUUGGGCUUGGACAUCGAUGUGCACCAGCACGUCAAGCAUAUCUACAUUCGCUUCGAUUAUGUCGAAGGCGUCGAUGAAAAUGUUACCCAACUUGACGCUAAUCUCCGGAGACUGCUCCCACUAGGAGUCAAUGCGCGGGUCGUUGUUUAUCUCCAAUGUCUACACAGGCCCUCCUCGACGCUGAGACGGCAGCAAGUUGUAGCGCUUGUGUCAAAGCUACAGUCGAUCUUCCCUGUCCUGGAGGAACUCGUCGAAGGAGGAAAGAGGGUUAUGGUCAACGUGAAAGGCUAUAAUGUGUUCGAUGUCAAGGUUGAAAGGCUCAACGCGCCGACUUGGAUCAGUCAGUUGACCAAAGUUCUCUCCGACGAAGAUUUACGUGUUCUAUGGCCGUAA